UGUGUUUGGACGGGUCACCCCCGGCCUACUACUUCCGCCCGGCCCAUGCAGGCGGCGCCCACAAGUGGUUCUUCCACUUCCAGGUCGCCCCCCUCUCCCCCCUUCCCCCCCCUCUCCCCCCUUCUCCCCCCUCUCCCCCCUUCUCCCCCCUCUCCCCCCUUCUCCCCCCUCUCCCCCCUUCCCCCCCCUCUCCCCCCUUCUCCCCCCUCUCCCCCCUUCUCCCCCCUCUCCCCCCUUCUGUUAG